AUGGAGAGCUUCCUGGAGUCCCUGAACAGGCUGAAGGACAUUCAUGAGAAGGAGGUUCUGGGCCUGCAGAACAAGCUUCUGGACCUGAAUUCGGAGAGAUGCCGAGACGCCCAGAGACUGGAGGAGCUGUCAGCCAAGAACCGCCAGCUCAGGGAGCAGCAGAAGGCACUGAAGGAGAACCUGAGGGUGCUGGAGAACAGGCUGCGGGCUGGCCUCUGUGACCACUGCAUGGUGACCCAGGAGCUGGCCAGGAAGAGGCAACAGGAGUUUGAAGGCUCUCACCUGCAAAGCCUGCAACGCAUCUUCACCCUCACCACAGAGAUGAACGGGCUGAAGGAGGAGAAUGAGGCCUUGAGGGAGGAGGUGCAGCGGCUUCGAGGCCUGGGGGACAAGCCUAGGCCCCUGGCCAGGGAGGGUACCUCAGACCCCCCUUCGCCCCUGCUGCUCCCCUCCCCCGGCAGCUGGAAGGCCACCACUGAGAAGCCCCCAGGAGGCCACAUGGAGGCCGAGGAAGAUCACCUAGGUGCAGGCCCAUGAGGAGGAAAGCCAGCGGGCCACAGGAUGUCACCAGUGGCCAGGAGCUCCCCAGGGGCCCACCUGCCUGAGGCCCGGGCCCCAGACCUGAGCCCGCAGCGCAUUGCCAACCAGCUGCACGGGACCAUCGCUGUGCUGCGCCCCGGAGCCACCAAUGGGACACCGCCACCCUCCACAAGCAGCCCGCCCAGCUCAUCCGAGCGCAGCCUCCCCCUGGACAGCUUUCUGCGAGCACCGCGGGCCUCCACCGUGACCUACGAGUCCCUGAAGCGCUCUCUUCCAGCAGACCGUCUCUGCCUACUGAACCGCCACCUGCCCCUGCACCUCCGGGGCACCCCCAGCAGCUCCCGGGCCCAGAGCCUGAAGGCCGGAGAGGCAGAGUUCUGGGAGGAGCCUAUAGGCCUGCUGGGCCUGCGGGACCCCCGGCUGGAGGGGGCACUGUUCCUGGCCCAGCAGCAGCUGCGAGUGUGGGCAGGCAGUGCCAGGCCGAGGGGCGGCCAGCCCAGGGAGACGCCGCCCUCCUCGCCCAUUGGCUCAGACUCAGAGGGCCCUGAGAGCGAGGUGGCCAGGGCAGGUCUGUCCACGGUGGCCCUGCCAGGAGUGCGGCCUCCACCACCCACGGGCCCAGGCAGCCCCCGGAGGAAGGAGCCCACGGCCACGCAGGCCUGUGUCCCAGACAAGCCCCUGGACCUCUCAGAACGGACCCGCGGCCGGGCUACUCCCAGGCCUGCCGGCUGGCCUGGCUCACUCAGCCCAACUAUUGCCCAAGUCCCCAGCCCAGAGCCCCGAGUCCCAUCUGGACCACCCACUCGCAGACCCCAGGCACUCAGCAAUGGGACCAGGGGCACCAGAGCAUCAGAGCCAGAGGAGACCCCCAGUCCCCAGGAGCCCGUACAUGCCCCAGGGCCUCGCCCCAGCCUGCCCUCCCCAGAGCCCAGCAAGGCCGAUGUACCGAGGCCGGAGCCGGACGAGCCGGACGAGUCAGACACCUCAGACAGCGAGGUGGGCCUGAGUGCCGAGGCAGGCGCCGAGUCAAGCGUGCCGGGGCAGAGGCCGCGCUGCUUCUGCAGCACAGAGCAUGGGCAGGGCCUCCAGCAGAAGCGGAAGCGGGCCUCCAGCCUGAGGGGCAGAGCCUCCAAGAGGCUGCCCCAAGGGAGCAGGAGACCGAGGGAGGCCCUAACUGCAGCUGAGUGGCCCGCGAGCCCUGGGUCUGCAGAGGACAGCAGCCCCUCGCCCCAGCACCGUAGCUGCCAGGAGACCUAGAAGGCCAGCCUGAGGACACCAACCUGCCCAGAGGGGGCUCUUCACCCAACUGACCACCACCAAGGCAGGCCACACCACCAAGCCGCACACAGCCUGCGGGGCUGUUCCGGCCACUUCCCAAAGGGUGGGGAGGCCCAGGUGGGUCUCUGGCCAGCACUUGUUUCUGCACCUGACACGUGGCCAAGCGGACCUGUGGCUGUCCUAGGCCCAGCACCUGCUCCCCUGGGCACAGCAGGACAAGAGGAGGGCACGGGGCGCAGACUCCAGCUGAGCACCCCCUCCCCGCUGCGCAUAGGCUCCGCCCCUCCUCCAGGGUCAGGGCCAGCCCGACCAGACCACGCAGCCCUUUGCCAGCAGCUCAUCCUGCACCCAGGGGCACGGGCUCUGUGCGACGGUCUUGGGCGCCCCCUCCUGGACUCUGCAGAGCAUCCAGGAAUGAGCCCUGGGAGAACAAGCAUGAAGGCAAGGUGUGCGGAGGAGGGAAGGGCCCGGGUCACCGCAGGGGCAGGAGCCCUGCCCAAGGUUCCAGGCUGAGGCUGAGACUGCUCCCUUGUAGGAAGGCGGAACCAAACCAGCCUAGGGCUCCAGUGUUGAGCCUUAAAGGGACUGCGCGCCCCCCCUCAGGGGCCAUGGAGAACAGCGACAGUGCAUGCAGAGCCCCUCCUCACGGACACUCUCCUGAGCCCUGGCCCUGGACUGCCAUGGACCCAACAACCCUCGGGAUGGCCCCAGGCCAACUCCCUGGAUCCCCUGGGAGCAGGGAUCUGGGGUGAGCCUUCGAGUCCAGUUAAGAAGCUCCCAGAGGAGCGACCAGCAGAUGGCAUAAUGGUUACGUCACUGGACUCCCGUGUAGUCGACGCCAUUCAG